AUGUCGAACUUAUCAAAGCUUGAGUUCGUGGCACUUGACAUUUCUGGAAAUAAUUACUUGUCGUGGGUACUCGACGCUGAAAUUCACCUUGACGCUAAAGGUCUUGGUGCCACUAUUACCAACGGUAAUACAACGUCGAGUCAGGACAAAGCAAAGGCAAUGAUUUUCCUUCGUCAUCAUCUGGAUGAAGGAUUGAAGGUUGAAUACCUUACGGUGAAAGAUCCACUUGAAUUGUGGACUGGUUUGAAGGAAAUGUAUGACCACCUUAAGGCAACAGUAUUGCCAAGGGCUCGUUAUGAAUGGAUUCACUUGCGGUUACAAGAUUUUAAAACUAUAUGUGAAUAUAAUUCUGCUGCCCGUCCCACGGGAACUGCUUCGUUACCGGAAGCAAAUGAGGUUGAAGCACAUGGCCAGUCUGAAAGAAGACAAAAUAAAAAUCAAGGCCAAAAUAAUGUGCGUGGACGUGGCAAUGGCAGAGGACGAUAUAAUAAUCGUCGUCAUGGUGGUCGCCACAAAAGGGAGAACAAUAUGGGUUCUCAAAGCAAUCCUUCAAGAGGCAAUUGUCAUCGUUAUGGCUUGAAAGGGCAUUGGAAGAAUGAAUGCCGAGCAGCUGAGCAUUUUGUUAGGCUUUAUCAAGAUUCCUUGAAAAGAAAAGGAAAUAAAAAUGGUGCAUCUUCUUCUAAUGCUCGGGUGGAGUCACACUUGACUUAUAAAAAUGAUGCCGAGGCAGGGCCUUCACAAAAAUAUGAUGACAAUAUUGAAGCAAAUUUGGCUUUAAAAGAUGAUGAUUUUGGUGACCUUGAUGAUAUUACUCAUUUGGAAGUUGAAGACUUCUUUGGAGAUCAAAAUUAA